AGCUACUGAUAAAGGUUUUACAUGAAUGAGGUUUUCAAACAACUCAAAAAUAACACAACAUAAGGCAUGUCGUCCUUUAUUUCCUGGUUACUUCCAAGCGUUCCUACUUGGUUAACACCAGGAAUUGAUCCUUUACAUAGUGUUUUACAAGGUAUAGUGGGUGCUUGUGGAAUUUUGGUUCUCCGUAACCUGUUAAAAGUUUACUUGUUUGUUGAUGAUCAGAGUGUUGCAGAUCCUAAAACAGACAAUAAACCAAACAAACGAACUGCUGGACUAACAGAGAAAAUUCAGUUCUGGGUCCUAACAUUGAUUCUUUCCAUUGUGGGAUCUCGUGUGGCAUCACUGGUGGUUUUAGAGUUCUCUCUCCGAGUCAUUUCAGCGCGGAUCACAGGAGGAUCAGACUCAGUAGUUGAUCCAUUGUUACAGCAGCUCAUCCAGUGUCAGUUCUCCCUAGGCUGUGCACUAAGCUGCAGCCUAAAUUUCCUCCAUGAGGGGGCACCACAAGCCUGGCUAAGCCUCCUCCUUGCAGUUGGCCUAAGUUGGUUUUUGGCAAGCCAGUGCUGCAAACUAUGGCAACAUGUACAGACAAUGUAUCCAAUACACAGCACACAGCGCUACUGUGGACUCUGUAUUGGGCUCUUAACUACUGGCUCUUCUAUAUUAACUUGGCUCUGCAGUGCACUCAUUAUAACUUUUAGUGUGUCUGGAAUUGCUGCCAUAUCAAACAUAAACCAACAUUUUCUUUCAACAACCGAGGCUCUGAGGUUUUGGACCCCACUUACAAUAUGCUACACUCUACUGGUUGUGUAUAUGAAUGAGGAUCAACGUCAGCCUGGCCAGCAAGCUCUUCUGAAUACAGUUGUUGUGCGCCUUGGUGGGCUUUUUGUUUUACUGAUAACAGUGGGCAGGUGGUCAGAUGUACUCCAUGUCCUGAUCUGCUUCAUUGGUGAAGCUGUAUGUCUGCUACUAUCUCAAGACCUUUUGGAAGCCAUAUAUAAGCAUGUUAUCCCUGUGCCUGAAAGAUCCAUAAAAAGGCCAGGAAACCAGACUGGACCAAAGAAAUGGGAAAAAUUUGACUGAGCUUGGAUUAAAACAACAGCAGAGUUAUAUUUUAGAGUUAUAACAGCAAUAGUGAUAUUUUACAGCACUACUUUCUCUACAAAAACAUGGUCGCUCAGGAAUGCCACCUAAGCAAUUCCAUAAAGGACUAUGGUUUGCACAGUAUGGACACUGUACAUAUAUAUACAAGGAUUAUUUAUGCAUCUGUCCGUUUCCAUUUUAACCUUAUUGAAUGAAUUACAUCAAAAUAAAACUAUUUAAAAUCA